AUUUGAUAUACUUACCAAAUCAUAAAAUGACUAUCAUUCUUUAAUAAAAGAAAGGGUCUGGAGCUCAAGGUGCAGUGUACUAGGGUUUUAUCAAAAACAAGAAUUAAUAAGUGGCUAUAAAAAUAAAUACAGAAUUAAGUGAGCGAGAGAGCUCAAUUUUAAAUAUAAUCAAGAUACAAAAAUAGAAACAUCUUAUAAGAUUAGAUGCAAUAGAAAAUUAUUAAAAUUAAGUAAUCAUUGUAAUGGAAUUGGCAGAAAUGGAUUUUUAUUAGUUUAUGGCCACAGAUCAAUUUAAAGCAACUAGUAUAGACGAGAGAAAUUAGUUUUUUUUCCAAGUACAUUAGCUAUUUAUUUAGAUGAUAUAAGGAGUUUAAGAAUUCCAUAAUUUAGGUUACUAUCAUAGAGAUUUAAAACCAGAAAAUUUUGUGCUUUGCCGUGAUUAAAACUAAAAUUUGGUCAUUAAAUUAAUUGAUUUUGGCAUCUCGAAAAUUUAAGAAGAUGGUGUUCAAUCAAUGAAAGUAGGAACCCCUUUUUAUAUGACUAAAGAAAUCCUUAAUAAUUAAAGUUAUAAUAAAUCCAUUGAUGUUUGGGCUUUGGGGUGUAUUUGGUAUGAAAUCCUUACAGGAAAAACAUUUAUAGAAGGUAUGAACUACUUAUAUUUUAGGUAAUACUAUAUAAUCAAUUAUCUAAAACAUCAACUCAAUUGAAUAAGUUAAGAUUAAUUUAAAAAUUGAUUAACUCAAAAGGAUUUAAAGUGAAUAGAGAGAAAUUUUGAAGUAAAUGAUUUGCAUAGAUAAGAACAAAAGAAUUUCUAUAGAUGAAGCAAUAUAAAAAAUAAAUGAAUUUUUUAAGAAAAAAGAAUUAGAAAAAAUAGAAGCAGAAAUAAAAAAGGAAUAUGAAGUAAAGGAAAAGUAAUUACAUCUGGAGAAAUAGAAGAAAAUUGAAGAACUUCAACUACAACUUGAAUAAGAAAAGCAAGUUUAGAUUUAUCAAUUAUAGCAAUAGCUAAGAUCUGAAUAUGAUUUAAAAAUAGAAAAAAAAGAAAUUGAAUUAAAAAAAAUCCUAGAAUUGUAAUAGGGUCAGGAUUAGGAAAAUAAAGCAUAAUUAAUAUUAUAAUAGACUAUUAAAUAUCAAAAUGAUAUGAAUUAAUUUAAAACAUAAUGUGAAUCAGUUUAUAAAUAAAAGUUAAACGAGGCAGUUUAAUAAAUUUAAAAACAAUAAAAAGAGAGUUUAGAGAAAAAAUAAAAAAUGGAAAAUGAAGAAUUAAAGAAAAAAAUAAAUGAAUAAGCUAAAUAAUAAUAUUAAAUAUAAUUAAAUGAGAUAUUACAACAAUAAUAAUUAGAGGCUAAUAAUUAAUAGAAAAAAGCACAAUUUUAAAAUAAAAGGUAAUUUUAUGGAUAAGUUCUCUAACUAUUAAAAGAUACUAUUUAAAAAGCUAUUUCGACUAUGAAUUAAUAAAAAUAAAUAAUAAUUAAUUUAUAAUUAGAGAAUUAAGAUAAAAUUUAUAUGUUAAACUCAAUUUAAAAAUUUAUAAAUGAUAAGGAACAGGAAUUAAGUUAAUUAUAUUAAGAAGAGGAGAAUUUUAAUUCUUUAAAUGAAGAUUAAUAAUUUUCCAAAUUUGUAGAAUUAGAAACUCUUUAUAAAAAUUAAAUUAAAAUACAUAUUGAAGAGAAAAGUAUGAUCGAUAUCUAAAUUAAUAAAUUUAUGGCUGAUUAUGUUAAAAAAUAAGAAUAAAUAGCGAGAGAAGAGAAGCAGCUGCAAGAGGAACGUAAAAAUCAAUAAGAAAUGAAUAAUCAGAAUAAAAAAUUUCAAACAUUACAGAAUUAAUAUAAUGAAUCAUAAUUAUAAAUUCAAGUAAUUAUGAAAAUAUGUGAAAAUUAUUCUGAAUACAAUCAAACAAUUACAAAUAACUUUCAGAGAUUAAAAGAAAAUUCAAGCCAAAUUGCUUCUAGGAUUAACUAAAUUCAAUAGUAUUAAACUUCAGCAAAGAUGGUUACUGUUGAGUAAAUUUAACUUAUGAAAUUAGAACUAUAAGAAAUUUAGAAUGAAUUUUAAAGGUUGAAAGAGAAUAUUAUAUCAGUGAAUGAAUCUAUUUCUACUUAUGAAGAAGAAUUAAAAAAAUAAAUGCAAUAAUAUUUAAAAUAAAUUAAAGAUAUAAAACACAAAAUCAGUAUUGAAAUACAAUAAUAUAAUUUAAUUGAUAAAACAAUAUUAACUCAGCUGCAAGCGAAAUAAUAGUUAAUGAAAGAAUUUUGUUAAAAGUUAGAUAAUUUAAUUGAGAGUAAUAUUUCUGAGUCAAUCAAAGAGUUUAUGGAAACAAAGAAGAAAAAUGAUGAAGAAAAAUCGUAAGUUAAAAAAUUAUUAGAAACGUUAUAAAAAGAAUAAUAGAGUAUGACUAAGAUUAAAUUAAUAUCUGGUGAAUAAAACAAAUUCUAAAAGGAGAUAGAAACUAAAUCAAAUAAUUAUCAAUAAUAAAUAGAAGAACUUGCAUAUCAAUUAAAUCCAAUUUAAUAAGAUUGCAAAAAAUUGAAAAAUUAAGAUAUUAUUUAACAAUUAAAUACUAGAUUUAAAGAACUAAAAGAUUUGAAAUAUCUAGCUAAAUAACAAUUUGAUGAUUUAAUAUAAGAAUCUAAAUAAAAUUUAGAAUCUUAAUACAAGCUGAAUCAACUCAAAGAAAGAGGUACUAAUUUGUUUUCAGAAUUAAAUGAAAAAAAAGAUGAGUAUAAGAAAUAAAUAAUAGAGUUAAAUAAGAUAUCUGAUUCUAUUUUUAAGUUAGAAUAAGAUAACAAAUUAUAAAAAAUAAAUUAUCUUUUGGAAUCCUUAAUUUAAAACUUUGAGACAAAAUAAACUGAAUUUAUGGAUUUACAACUUCAAGACUAUAACUAUGAUGAAAUUGUGAAAUAAUAUAACACAAAAAGGGAAUAGUUGACAGAAUAAAAACGAAAACUUGAGGCUUAUAAGGAAAAUUACUUAUAAAAUAUAAGUGUAACUUCGGAUGAGAUGAAAAAGACAUCUUAGAAUUGUUUCUUUAAAGAAAAUACGAAGCGUUAUAAUUCUCAAUUAAUGGAUACUAAAGAGAGGAGUGAAAGAAAAUUUUAUAAAUUAUAAGAAGUGAUAAAUGAAAUUAAUAAAUAAAAUGAAAAGAUCAAGUAUAUAGAAGUAGAAAGGGAAUAAUAAAUCUAAAAUGAAUGGUUAGGAAAAUAAAUAUAAAUAAAGAAAUUAGAUUCGCAAUUACAUCUAUUUACAACAAAAAUUUAAUAAGCUCUACAAGAAAAUUAAUGCGAAAUAGAUAAAUUAAGCGAAGAAUUUUAAACAUUAUAGGUCCAGGUAAAGAUCCUGAUUGAUUCUAUCCCUUAAAAAAAAGAUAUUAAUAAAUUUCAAGAAAAUUUUAAUAGAAAUAAAAAAUCAUUAAUGAUUGCAUGUUCACUUAUUAUUAUAAUUAAGGCAUUUAAUUUUCAAAGGUAUGUUGUAAGAAUAAAAGAGUUCUAAUUGACAUAACAAUAAAAGUAAUCAAAAAAAAUUAAUCAACAAAUAGGAAAGAAUGCUACCUUAACAGAAGAUAUUAAAAAAAAACAAUUUUCAGUAUAAGUAAUAAAGAAUAAAUAUAAAUCUUGGUUAAAAUGCGAAGACUUAAUCUUCAGUAUUUAGGAUAGUACAGAAGAUGAAACUUAUCUUGACAACUUAAUCAAAGAAAUAUAAAAUCAAAUCAAUACAUAAAAUAAUGUUAAAUUAAAAGCAAAAGUUAGGGAUUAACAAUUUAAUAAGGAAUUCAGCAGCCAAUUUUAUGAUCAAUUAGAAUAUUGUAGAAUAAUAGGAAUGUUAAAAAUGCAGAACUUUUUAAUGGAAAAUAAAAAAAAAUGA